AUGCCGGGGGACCACGCGUUCACCACAUCGACGCCUCGGCACACACUCAACAAGUUGUGCGCCGGCGAUAUGGAGGAACAAGGCAUAACCGCCACAAUUUCUGUUCUGAUCGCGCCUCCACUGUCCAUUGCUCCGAGUCCAGCCAAUGACGAGACAGAGCAAGGUGAUAAUGCCGCGGACAGCCCCGAUAACCUACCUAGGGACGCAAAUAACCACCAGACUUCACUCAUGAUGGUCCCCUACGUCUCACCCACUGUAUUCACCACCCAGCUGCACACUCAUGGGAUCCCAAACGACCCCCCUCUGAUCCCCUAUCCUUACGGUGAAGAAACGAAGGCUUUUUUCGCAAAUCUUAGGCUAAAACUAACGUCUGUGCCGCAGUUCCUGAUAGACUUUAUGGGCUACGUACCGAAUUCUGAGAUUCGACAAGCCGUUGGGAGUUGGGUCACUUCUUACCUUGAGUACAAUGAAGAUGACUACGCAGAGGACGCUGUCAUUCCGCCGAAAAUCUUGAAGCACAUCAAACUACGCGACAAAGCCAAAGCCGUGAUGCUUAACACCCUCAUGCGGAAGGACGGCAAGUUGACUGAAGUCACUCAGAUGAUGCUGCCAUUCGACGAUGACGACGACGAUUACAUAGACUUCGAGGAAGAGCCUCAAGUGAGCAAGGCGGAUGCUGAGCGACUCAAGAGAAUUCGACGCCAAGUGACGAGGGAUUUUUUGAGUCAAAAUGUCCCCCUCAGGGAAAAACGCCGAGAAAACAAGGUCACUCAUUACAACACGUUCACAGCCCCUAAUACCGCCACUAGCAUCACAGCCCCAACAUACCAGGAGGGUGUUAGUCCGGCAGCACCGGAGACGCCAGAAGACAUCGGCAAGAAGGAAGGUGGUCCGGCUGCGAGAAAGCUGGAGGCGAAGUCAUCGACGAAGGCACCGAAGGCGGAAGACACCAAACCCGCCUCGCUGCUUCCUCACCGCGACGUCACGGCGAUUUUGGAAGCUCUUCGAGGAAUUGUGGGAGGAAGUGACGCAGCAGCGUGCCAGGUGAUCGCUGGCUGUCUGUUGGGCAACCGUGACAACCUCACCACCCUCGCAGCUGUCAUUACCGACCCGAGCACCCAACAGAACUUCCUGCGCACCAUCCAACAACCCACCUACAUGUUUUACCUCCUAAACUCCCACUUCAAGUCGCCUCGAACCGUCCUCAAUAUGAUCAGCAUCGUCGUGUCCGACGACUCCACCAAGACCGUCGAGAGAAUAGCUCUAACGAAAAAACUGAAUGAGUGCCUUGGCCAGGCCAAGAAAAGCAAUGUCUUGGUGAACUUCGUGAAGGCGUUUGAUGAGACCUGUGAGGUUGCCGUAUUGGAGUUGUUGAAACGCGUCAGUACGGGUACUGAUUUGGACGAGGUGAAGUCGGCAUUCCACGAGUCCCUCUGUGACGAGGAGAUCCAGAUGGCCGAGCUGGCAGAUGCAGCGCAGCUGGAAAAAGCAGAGUUGGAGACAAUUGUGCAACUAACACUCUCCUGUCAGAUCGAGGAGCUGAGAGCCUUUUUUGCUGACCUACCCAUUCUCAGCCCCAAAGCAUCAAUGAGCAUGGAGCUGUCACCGGAUUUGUUCACCCAGCCGCACUUCCACGCUGAAUCCCUAGAACCCCGGCUGGAAGUCCACGAUGUUGUGACAGAAAAUGCCUCCGACGAAGAAGAACUAGCUGGAAAGAAGUUUUACACCGAGAGGAAGAGUCGCUAUAGCUCUGUGAGACCAUCGAUAUUUGAUGACGAUGAUGACGACAGUCUGCGGCCUCGACCAGUAGUUAAAAUGAAACCACCACCUUUGAAAGUCAGGAUGCCGAUUUCGCCAACCGAGGCGCCAACCUCCCCCUCGACGACCUUUUUCAGGAGCAGAACGGUCAAACGACGAGCCGACAAUCGAUUCGACGGCAAGAACACUCGUUCCCUCGCAAUCCCCGCGUCGGUACUGGCCGAUGGAGCUGCCUCGUCGACGCCGCCAAGUAUCACCGUGGAAACGCAGGAUGAAGACGAUAGCUAUGGCGAGGAGAUGUCGCUGAUCAGUGACCUUGUUUUGCCCGACUUGUUGAGCCCUGAAAGCGAAAGUGAAAGCGCGCAAACCCCUACGGAGGCGGCAAAGCCCCAGGCGGUUCGUAUAAAGUAUAGACGAUCACGGAGGCAUCGUCGGCAGAAGAAGGCGGAGGAAGUACGCGAGAAGACAGAUUCGGCGAUUUCAUCCUCUUUAGGCUCGUCGGUGCAGGAAAGGCCAAUGACGGAAGACGAGAUUCGGCAAAAAGCAAUAGACGAUGAAGUAACCUGCAUGGAUUUGAUUGCAAUGCUAAAAAGCCUCAAUGACCUGGAGGAGGCCCAGGGCAUACUUAAAAAACUCCGACGGAUUAUCAGAAAUGUAGAAGGCACAAUGGACGUUGAGGCGCUAGUUCGAGUCUACGAUGAAUUAAAAGAUUCCUCUACUUACCUCGAACGCCAGAUCGAGGCGCUACCGCCAGACAGUGGUGACGGAGAGAUUUUGCAAAAGAUCGUUCACUUAAUUGAGCAUACCUUAGAAAACCUUUUCAAAAGUGAAGGUGUGGAGCAGACGGUGGAUGAGGAUGCCGACAAUGCCCUCGAGAGUACUCCUGUCAGUGAGUUGGCCAUGGUUGUGAAAACCCGCAUGCUGAUUGAAUCAAUGGUUAGACGUCGAAAUCCACCGGUAAUUCGACAAUCCGACAAACUCAACAUCGCCGCGAGCUCAAGCACCGAGUCUAGCCCCUCUAGCGAUGGAACCGUCGCUUACUCGGCGGUUCCGAGGGGUCAGGAGGAGACCGCCCAGGAGGCCGCAGAGACGUUGGACUUCCAGCCGACGGAGAAGAUGGGUCUGGUCGCUGAGGUCGCCAUUGGCAAGAUUGGUCCGACGGACCGCAAACGCCCCGACGCUGCCGUCAGCAGCAAGUUGGUGCAGUCCAUUCGUCGAAAGAGCACCGGAAUGUCCUCCCAGGUUAUCAAAGAAGACCUCCAACGACGGAAUCAGACGCGGGCGUUGAUCGAGAAGAUGCAGAAACGACUGGGAAUCCUUGAAGAGGGCAAGGAUGCUGAGAAUGCCAUUCCGCGGGCACUGAAGCCAGCUGAGGUGCGCGAGGCCUUGGCAGAUCCCGAAUUUGAGGAGAUCGCGCAGGAAUUCAAGGAUCUCUAUGGAAGUCCAGGCAAGAAAUCGAGCAGCGAGAGUGUUUUGAGCAAAAUCGCCCUGCAAAUGGACUCUAUCUGCACGAAGGUUGGCGAGAUGCCAGCCAUUGACAAGAUGGUGAACUUGCUUAGUGUCCUGAAGGUUCAAGAUCAAAGAUCUACAGCAGAUGAACUGCUAGACGAGUACCUCGAGGAGCUGAAUUCGGACGAACUCAAGUACCUCGAAGACAUGAUGAAAGUGGUGAGGGAAAUACUGUUAACAGAGAUCGCGAUAACUGCUACGAUGCCUCCACCGCAACGUCUAGCGUGGAUGUCGAUUCGUGACAAUUGGGAAAAGCACCGACAAAGCCUUGCCAUCCUGGGCCAGCUCCUACAGCUCCAAGUUAUUUCAUCAGAUCUUGGAUCUAUCAUUGUCUCUGCCUUGGUAAUGAACGUGUUCGAUGUGAUUGCUGCGUUCAAUGUGCGAGAUGUUAUCACAACCGAUUUAGAGAAAACGCUGUACGCCUAUGUCAAGGAUGAAAUUGAGGCGUUGUCGUGGUUCGGGGUGAAUGUAAGCAACCACGAUGAGUCACUCAAGCCACUAAUGGAGGAGUACGACGCAGAUUUAGGGAAUUUAUUUGGCUCUGAAAGUAACCAGGAUGUAAUCACUCCCAACGUGGACAAGAGCUUGGUGGAUUUGGUUGUCGCGCCAGGCUACAUGUACGUCCUUAAAACGGGCGCCGAGAAAGGAUUUGCCGUCGCCAUUGUAGACUACCAUAGCGAGCGAAUCUCAUUCAUGGAGUACAUGCUCCGCUUGAGAAGAGUUGCUCUCCGAUCACAGCACCGACUGCAACCAAAAAUUUCACCGACCGAUCUCAUGGCUGAGGAGAUUGAAAAGGCGACCGCUACAAUACGAAACACCGCCACGGUCGAAGCUGCUCUCGAAGCUACGGGGACCUAUGAGCUUGCAGAGAGGAACUUCAGCUCGUUGUAUUGCCGUGUCGUCGCUGAACCGCAUUGUGACAAGGCGGGUGAAGUCUUCCGAUUCGUGACUACAGCGCCUCUGGCACAGCUGAAGGACAAUGUCGAAGACCUCCUCUUCACACGGUAA